AUGCGGCUGCCCGCGGAGGGCGCCCACCUGAGCCCCGGGCCCCGCUCCUGCUGUCGCCGCCGCUGCCCCUGCCACCUUGGCUGGGAUGCUGCCGCAGGCUGGCGCCUCUGCACUUCGGGGCUUAUGAGCUGUACCAGGGUUCUAGCGUGUUCCUCUAGCCCCGUGAUGGCCGUGGACAUUGAGUGCAGGUACAGCUGCAUGGCCCCCUCCUUGCGCAGAGAGAGGUUCGCCUUCCAGAUCGCCCCAAAGCCAAGCAAACCUCUGAGGCCUUGUAUUCAGCUGAGCAGCAAGAAUGAAGCCAGUGGGACGGUGGCUCCGACGGUCCAGGAGAAAAAGGUGAAGAAGCGGGUGUCCUUCGCCGACAACCAGGGGCUGGCCCUGACGAUGGUCAAAGUGUUCUCCGAGUUCGAUGACCCAUUAGAUAUUCCGCUGAACAUCACCGAGCUCCUGGACAGCAUCGUGAGUCUAACAACAGCGGAGAGUGAGAGUUUUGUGCUGGAUUUCUCGCAGCCAUCAGCAGACUACCUGGACUUCAGAAAUCGGCUUCAGACCGACCAUGUGUGCCUGGAAAACUGCGUUCUAAAGGACAGGUCCAUUGCAGGCACCGUGAAGGUGCAGAACCUCGCGUUCGAGAAGACGGUGAAAGUCCGGAUGACCUUUGACACCUGGAAGAGCUUCACAGACUUUCCCUGUUGGUACGUGAAGGACACGUACGCAGGUUCAGACAAGGACACGUUCUCCUUUGACAUCAGCUUGCCUGAGAAAAUUCAGUCUUACGAGAGGAUGGAGUUUGCCGUGUGCUACGAGUGCAACGGACAGACGUACUGGGACAGCAACAAAGGCAAAAACUAUAGGAUCAUCCGAGCGGAGCUGCAGUCUACCCAGGGAACAGCCCAGCCAUCAAACGGACCAGAUUUUGAAAUAGCCUUUGACCAGUUUGGAAGCCCUCGGUGUUCCUACGGUCUGUUUCCGGAGUGGCCUAGUUAUUUAGGAUACGAGAAGCUUGGGCCAUACUACUAGUGACAGCCUGGGAUGGAGCCAGGCUCAGUGGGCGCGGAUGAGCCGAGCUGCAGUCAUCCUGAGAUGGAGAGGGAAGCCUAGAGAAGAGCUGAACUGCCAUCAGACACAGUUUUGAAAGCAAAGGAUCCUAGUUACUUUUCUCCUUCAAUCAGCCAAGACAGCCAGGCUUUGAUCACAGAACUGGGUUCUCACUUGGAGGAGAUGGCUGUGCUGGUCCGUUUGGCAAUGAGGGUCUGUCUGAGCAGGAUGAUGCUGGAAAGAGUCUGGACAGGACCCAGGCUUGUGGGCAGCCCUGGCCAGGCCAGAGGAUGUUGGCUCAGUGAUAAGGAGUCCCUCUCCUCUUGGGUGUGGGAAGUCAGUCCCCUGGCAAGCCCUCGGUCCUCCCCAUGGCCCCUCUUCUGGGGGUCUUCGCCACCCAGCCAGGGCCUUCUCACCUGUUGCAGCUGCCCUGUGUCUACAUGGGCUUCACACUUUAUCUCUGCAUUUUUGUGCACUUGGUUUUCUUCCACAGUUCAGCUGAUGUUCAGGAAAAGAUGAUACAAGCCAAUCAACUUGUGAUGGAGACGGGCAUUUUCUCUUUCUGACCCCGCUCUGACAGCCCAGCAGAGGAUGACACACCAGCUAUGGGAAGUCAGCUGGCUCCUGGGCAGUGUCACCAAUGGCGCACUAGGCUGAUGCCAGCAGGACAGGCAUGAGUGGGACACUUAGCUUCUCUUCUUGGCUUUGGAGGAGCUUUCUAAGCCUUCACUCUUACCCUGAGUUACUGGACAGCUUGGUUACAAGACUUGUUGUAACUUGCUCAGCUGGCUUGCCCGUGUCUCUUUCUUCACAAAAGGAUUUUAGAAUAUCUUUUCCUGGAGAGUCAUCAUUUACGCCAUGUUUGGGACGUUUGGAUUUGCAGAUUCAAUAUAUCCUCCACACCUCCAGAAAACAUUUGGUUGUAUUUUGACUGUGAUUUACAACAUCCACGUUGUAAACAACACUUUACCAGCCCUCACGGACUUUGAUUUGGUUGUUCUUAUUUAUGGUGUGUGGGUGUGGAAAGGGAUGGAGAGAAAAACCUCACCAAGUUCGCAGAUUUGAUUUUUACUGUUUGCCAACUCUGAAAUAUCAUAGACUCAUUGUUCUUAAACACAUUGGACUAAAGCAUUAAAAGUCUGUUGGUUCACAUUGUUGUGAGAUUACUGGGACUUUCCUCAUCCGAUGGAUCCCCAAACCCUGUGAUUUUUUCUUGGGCAAGAUUCAUUGGUACUUGGGAGUGUUUAAAAAGUAUUUUUAUAUGUGUAUUUGUAGAAGGUUUGGGUUUUGUUUUUAUUUUCAGAACUUAAUUAAAGGACCGCCUCGUUUUUCUUCUGUCUGAUCUUACUAAAGCGAGGUCUUCCUAAGGGGAGGCAGGAGACAGGAUGCCCCACUCCCUAGAUCUAGGGACACAGACCCUGGACCCUGCACGCAAAGAGCCUUCUUUCACUUGCAUUCUCCAGAUCAGUUGGAAGAGACCUCCUGGCUUCUGUGGCUUUUGUAAAUCAGCAUUGAGCUGAUCUUGAGUGUCUUGGCUCCUAGGGUUUUGUGGUUGGGUUCUUUUUCUUUUCUUUUUUGAACUUUAAAAUGUUUUGAUUGUUUUAAAUGCUCUUAAGUGGUGUUCCACUGAGUUCUUAUCCCUAAAACUGGCUGUGAUUAGUCUGCAACCUAGUGCUUUAUUUUUUAUGUCUCUCCCAGGUGGCCAACACUGGGGGAUUACAUGCUAAUAUAAUUUAAGGGACAAUCACAUUUUUUUCUUAUGCUGACAUUGGGCAGAACUGGGUUUUAUGUAAGCAUGU